CAAAGAACCGGUACAAAACUGAACGAGACCGAUCUAAUAAUCUGCAGAGACUCUGGGCUUCUGAUCGCUCAUAGGUCACCCCAGCAGAGUUUCCAUUUUAAUUCUCCGAAUUGUUGUCUCCUAUAUCUGUUACUUUCUCCUAUUUGUGGAUUGAAGCUCCGAUGAUUUGUCUUUAGGGCACAAAUUUCUCUGAUUCCUAUCAAUGGCUUCGUGGCUCAGAGCGGCAGAAGAUUUGUUUGAAGUGGUAGAUCGAAGGGCAAAGUUAGUUGUGAGCGAAUUGUCAGAGGAGCAAUCCAAUACUCAGUCACCAGCAUCUAAUGGACAAGGAUCUCAAGCUAAGAGGGCAAUGUUGAAGGCAAAGGCACAGAAAAGGCUUGCCACAAAUGAAUCUCCUAAAAGGACUGACACUAUUUUGGGGCAAAGCAAUUUGCAAACAUCACACGAGACCUCUGAUAAAGAUGGGGGCAAUUUUUCAGUUCAAAAGGAGGGGACCCCUUCUGAUAACUCCGUUACUCGAACAAUUAGUGAUACAAAACUAAGCACAGAUAAAGAUGCCCGCGGCACUAUAUCACCUGACACACUAGCUGACAACAUGGUUAAGCAUGAUGCUGACCACGUGGAAGCUCCUACAACUGUUACUGACGUUGAUGCUGCCACAUCAAUGCCUAAUGGUAAUGAGAAUGCUUCAGAUGUUGCUGUACAUAAUCAUUCUUUGCCAUUACCUUCAAAAGAAAUUGAGGUUAUCACGGAAGUUCAUCCAAGUGAUGAUGGUCAAAAUAUCAAGUCAGGGGAUGCAGAUGUUCUUUCAACAAUUGAUGAAGACAAGUCCCAUUCCUUAGUUACUGAUUUUCCUGUUAAUGAAAAUGUUCAUCCAAACGACGGUGAUAAGAUUGGAACUCUUGUCAGUCAAAAGAAAAAACAGGAGCAUAAAGCUGAUGGUUCUCCUACUAAAGUACAGGACCAACUUGAGGAGGCUCAAGGAUUGCUUAAAACUGCAGUUGUCACUGGUCAGUCGAAAGAGGCAAGGUUAGCUCGGGCGUGUGCCGGACUUUCGUCCCGUCUUCAAGAAUACAAAUCUGAAAAUGCACAACUGGAGGAACUUCUUGCCGCAGAGCGGGAAUUGAGCAAGUCAUAUGAAGACCACAUAAAGCAGCUGCAGCAAGAAUUGUCUUUAUGUAAGAAAGAGGUUUCAAAAAUAGAGUCAAAUAUGGCCGAUGCUUUGGCGGCAAAGAAUGCAGAAAUUGAGGCACUUGUCAAUUCUAUGGAUGGACUUAAGAGACAGGCUACAUUAACUGAGGGAAAUUUGUCUUCAUUGCAGGCGAACAUGGAGUCUAUUAUGAGAAAUAGGGAAUUGACGGAGACGAGGAUGAUACAGGCUCUUCGGGAGGAACUGGCUUCUGCAGAGAGGAGAGCAGAGGAUGAGCGUGCUGCCCAUAAUGCCACCAAAAAGGAAGCAAUGGAACGAGGAGUGGGACUGGAACACAGAGCAAUUGAAGCGUCCACGGCACUUGCUAGGACCCAGCGAAUCGCAGACGAGAGAACAGCAAAGGCAACAGAACUUGAGCAGAAGGUUGCUCUGCUUGAGGUAGAGUGUGCAUCUUUAAAUCAAGAACUGCAAGAGAUGGAGGCCCGGGCACGUCGUGGACAAAAAAAGUCCACUGAAGGGGCUAGUCAAGUGGUUCAGAUGCAGGCAUGGCAGGAAGAAGUGGAGCGUGCGCGCCAGGGCCAGAGAGAUGCUGAGAGCAAGCUUACUUCUUUGGAGGCUGAAGUACAAAAGAUGAGGGUUGAAAUGGCUGCCAUGAAGAGGGACGCUGAGCAUUAUUCACGUCAUGAGCAUAUGGAGCUUGAGACACGGUACCGUGAACUAACAGAUUUACUGUACUACAAGCAAACACAAUUAGAAGCCAUGGCUAGUGAGAAGGCUGCAGCAGAGUUUCAGUUGGAGAAGGAACUAAAGCGUCUGCAAGAAGCACAGGAUGACACUGAAAGAAGUAAAGCUUCUCGUUGGGUAUCAUCGUCAUCUUGGGAAGAAGACACUGAAAUAAAGACUCUUGAGCCUCUGCCCAUGCAUCACCGUCAUAUGGCCGGGGCAAGAAUGCAGUUGCAGAAGGCUGCAAAAUUAUUAGAUUCUGGGGCUGUCCGGGCCACAAGAUUUCUUUGGCGCUAUCCCACUGCUCGAGUCACCCUGCUUUUCUAUCUGGUCUUUGUACAUCUCUUCUUGAUGUACCUGUUGCAUCGCCUUCAGGAACAAGCGGACGAACUUUCUGCUAGAGAAGUUGCAGAAUCUAUGGGUCUUGCCACCCCCACAUUACCGUGAUGGUGUAACUCCACGGUUGAAGCUACUGCCAUCGGAGAUUCUGGAACAUGCUUUGCAUCUUCAAAGAGUUCAUGGUGCUGCGUGAUGGGGAAAUUUAAUCUAAUUUGGAUGAAAGGUACAUAUACAAAUGCAUGGCUUCGAAUCAAAAAGUGGCUGGCAAAUGUUGAUAUGAGUGCAUAUGCAUGUUUCCUUGCGUCUUUGAGUUUUGCUCUUCAUGAAGAUUCAUGGAGGAUGCCCGGAGAGCCACCAUGUUGUAAAUCCUGAAUGCUUCAUCGGUGGAUUAUAUAUGAUUUUUUUUUAGAUGAGCAACUGUAGAAUGGAUUAUAUAUGAUUUUCAAUGAGAAAUUGCAUAGAGUUUAAUUCGGUAGUUUUUGUUUUACAUAUACAAAUGCAUUAAUACCAAGUGGAUGAUUUGCCAUGUCUUCCAUCUAUUUCCUGUAAAA